AUGUCUGAGCUUGACGCUGACCUCUAUGGCGAUCUCUACGGAAACGACGAGCCCGAAUUUUCUGCUCAAGCAGAAAAUGCUGACCCAUCUAAAGCAGAAGAGUCUCUUCCAUCGGAAGCGCCCCCUCAAGCACCUGCUGCUUCCAGUGUCAAGGCUACCCCACCGACACCAUCAAAACAGGCUUCACCAGCCGUGCCAACCGCCGCCGCCGCCGCCAAAGUUCCUGCAAUGGAGACCUAUCCAGUACAGACUUAUGAAGAAUACGCGUCGACCCCCACCCAAUCUGGACCUCCUACCUACACGGUUCCCUCCACACAGCAAAUACCGACUUAUCAGCAACCUCAGUCCGACUAUUCACCAGAUAUGGGCCAACAUGACGGCGUCGGUAGCUAUGACCGCCAACAUAGCCACGAGAGAAGUGUGCGGCCGUCUGAGAUGAAAGAUGAAGGGUGA